AAAACACACCGAGCAAACAGGAAGCCGGGCGAGAGCGGAGGGUUCCCUACCUUCCCGACCCCGGGACUGCCAGUCGGGCUGGCGCUGGCCCACUGCGCCCUUACUGACCCCUACGCCCCACGCCCCUCGCCCAGUCUCCGUAAGUCCUCCCACAACAAUGUCCAGACUAACUGCCUCCCCACGUCACAAAUGGGGAAACCGAGUUACGCACGCCCAGAGACGGGAGGACCUUGGCCUCCAUCCCCAUCGAGAGCUGACGGCCGCCUGGACUCCCGUCCUCAGAGAAUCCUAGCCUCCAGUCCUUCCAAGACCCUUUGCGGACUGCAGCGAAAAGAAACCGGCCUCUGCCACUGAGAACAAACUAACAGGGGAACUAGCCACUCCGAUGUCUUUCCGGAGGGUAGCUUAGCCAGGGACUUUUGCUCUUCCCCGCCCGGACCUCCGGGGGCGAUUCCCGCUAGGUACCGCGGGCCGAGGGCGUGGCCUCGCUUGUGAGCCCGCCCUCCCCGCGUGGCUCCCGCCUUGAGGGCGGGGCUCUUUCCCAAGUGCCCUCUGGACCAGCCUGGCCGCUCUUUCCCGGGCGUGGCGAAGUGGGGCGGAGUCACGAGCGCGGCAACGAGACUUCCUGCCCAUUCGCUGGCUAGCCUAGCACUUUGGCCGGCGGCUCAUUUCCGGUGGGGGUGCCGCGCCCAGUGAGGGCCCGGAAGUGGGUCGCGCGGAGAUUGCUGGGCGGUUCUUGCCGGAAGUGGAGAGCGGCUGAACGCAGUCCGGAGGUGAUACAUUAUGGCUGACAUGCAAAAUCUGGUAGAAAGAUUGGAGAGGGCAGUGGGCCGCCUAGAGGCAGUAUCCCAUACCUCUGACAUGCACCGUGGGUAUGGAGACAAUCCUUCAAAAGGAGCAGCUCCCUAUGUUCAGGCAUUUGACUUGCUGCUUGCCGGUCCUGGGGCAGAGUACUUGAAGAUCAGUAAAGAGAUUGGGGGAGACGUGCAGAAACAUGCGGAGAUGGUCCACACAGGUUUGAAGUUGGAGCGAGCUCUUUUGGUUACAGCGUCUCAGUGUCAACAGCCAGCAGAUAACAAGCUUUCUGAUUUGUUGGCACCCAUCUCAGAGCAGAUCAAAGAAGUAAUAACCUUUCGGGAGAAGAACCGAGGCAGCAAGUUGUUUAAUCACCUGUCAGCUGUCAGUGAAAGCAUCCAGGCCCUGGGCUGGGUGGCUAUGGCUCCCAAGCCUGGCCCUUAUGUGAAAGAAAUGAAUGAUGCUGCCAUGUUUUAUACAAACCGAGUCCUCAAAGAGUACAAAGAUGUGGAUAAGAAGCAUGUAGACUGGGUCAAAGCUUAUUUAAGUAUAUGGACAGAGCUGCAGGCUUACAUUAAGGAGUUCCAUACCACUGGACUGGCAUGGAGCAAAACGGGGCCCGUGGCAAAAGAGCUGAGUGGACUGCCAUCUGGACCCUCUGCUGGAUCAGGUCCUCCUCCCCCUCCACCAGGCCCCCCUCCUCCGCCAGUCUCUACCAGUUCAGGCUCAGAUGAGUCUGCUUCCCGCUCAGCGCUGUUUGCGCAGAUUAAUCAGGGGGAGAGCAUCACACAUGCCCUGAAACACGUAUCUGAUGACAUGAAGACUCACAAGAACCCUGCCUUGAAGGCUCAGAGUGGUCCAGUACGCAGUGGCCCCAAACCAUUCUCUGCACCUAAACCCCAAACCAGCCCAUCCCCCAAACCAGCCACAAAGAAGGAGCCAGCUGUACUUGAACUGGAGGGCAAGAAGUGGAGAGUGGAAAAUCAGGAAAAUGUUUCUAACCUAGUGAUUGAUGACACGGAGCUGAAACAGGUGGCUUACAUUUACAAGUGUGUCAACACGACAUUGCAAAUCAAGGGCAAAAUUAACUCCAUUACAGUAGAUAACUGUAAGAAACUUGGCCUGGUAUUCGAUGACGUGGUGGGCAUUGUGGAGAUAAUCAACAGUAGGGAUGUCAAAGUUCAGGUAAUGGGUAAAGUGCCAACCAUUUCCAUCAACAAAACAGAUGGCUGCCAUGCUUACCUGAGCAAGAAUUCCCUGGAUUGUGAAAUAGUCAGUGCCAAAUCUUCUGAGAUGAACGUCCUCAUUCCUACAGAAGGCGGUGACUUUAAUGAAUUCCCAGUUCCUGAGCAGUUCAAGACCCUAUGGAAUGGGCAGAAGUUGGUCACCACAGUGACAGAAAUUGCUGGAUAAGCGAAGUGCCACUGGAUUCUUUGCCCUCCCUUCACACCAUGGGAUAAAUCUGUAUCAAGACGGUUCUUUUCUAGAUUUUCUCUACCUUUCUGCUCUUAAAACUGCUUCUCUGCUUUGAGAAGCACAGCUACCUGCCUUCACUGAAAUAUACCUCAGGCUGAGAUUUGGGGUGGGAUAGCAGGUCAGUUGAUCUUCUGCAGGAAGGUGCAGCUUUUCCAUAUCAGCUCAACCAUGCCACCAGUCCAUUCUGAAGGAACUGCCAACCAGGACUGAUGAUACAUUUUAGCUUUGAGCUUUUGGGGGUUAUUCUACCAACAAACAAUCCAUUGAAAAGAAAAGAGUCCCAGGAAUUAACAGAUCAGAAUGUUCACACUGGUUAUUUUUUUUUUUUUUUUUAGUAUUUGUUCUGCUCAAUGGUUAAUCUUUUUCUAACAAUGAGCAUGAAGAUAGCAGAAGCUGGUGUGUUUCCAGAUGGUUCUUCUAACCAAACUAAUUUUUUACUGUUGACAAGUGAGGCAAGGGUUGCACUGGACCAAAAGCUGAGGCUUGGCCAUCUAGCAUUCCACGCAAAAUUGUUGCCUAUAAGCAUUCCUUUUAUUCUCUAUUCCAUCCUGGGUCUGCCUCAACCAUGACAUAGGAGAGUCUCCGGUACUAGCUGCUGUGGCAGUGCUCUCACCCAGGGCAGUUAAACGAGCCUUGGACCCUUUCUUUCUCUGGGAUUCCUGUCCAGCACCUUCUUACAGAGAUGACUUAAAAGGAAAAACACACCAUUCCAAGAAGUCUGGCAUUCCUGAAUCCUCCUUCCCUGCUAGGUGCCUGUCACCUGUCUUCACUGCCUCCUUUUCCCUGUCAUGCUCAUCAGCUAUGGCUUCUGUCCAAGCACCUGAACAGAGGACUGAAACCUCCACUGCAGGCUGGUUUUAGGUCUUGAUUUAUGUAAGAAUCUUGCACAGCACUGCUAAUGUAAAGUUCAGUUUUUUCCCUCUAGGACAAACACCAAAAUAUGCAACUUUUUUUGGUGGGAAGAGAGAUUGUCCUGUGAUUUCUACCCAUUUCCUGAGGCCUGUGGAAAUAAACCUUUAUGUACUUAAAGUUAUACAGAAAAUAGAAUAAAGUUAAUACUAAACUUG